AUGAAAGAAUUAUUAUACUUUACAUUGCUAGCUGGUGCUCAGGCCUAUUUGAAGUUGGACUUUACCAGAGUUCCUAGUGCCAGUGUACUUGAGAAAAGAGCUGACGAUUUGAGUCCAGUGCCAUUGAGAAAUGAUGUUGAUCAAUACAUCGUUCAACUAGCUGUCGGUACUCCUCCACAGAUGGUAUCUGUACAACUUGAUACCGGCUCUGCUGACUUGUGGUUCAGUGGUGCUGAUAAUCCUUACUGUAAGACCAACAAGAAGAAAGCACCAAAGAGUAAGGAUUUACAACCUGUUGAUAACUCUGGCUUUCCAACAAACCCUGACCAAAUUGGGAAGAAGGCAAGAAAUUUGGACUGUAAGAAGUACGGUUUCUUCAAUAUGAGUAGCUCAUCAACCUUCAAAAACAAUGACACAGAUAUCUUCUUAUAUUAUGAGGACCUGUCCUUUGUUAGAGGUACAUGGGGUACUGAUGUGGUUAGUUUGGGUGGAUUGAAUAUCUCUGGUGUUAAUUUUGCUGUUGCAGAAAUAUCUAAUUCUAGCAGUGGUGUACUGGGAGUCAGCUUACCUUCUGAGGAGAGUACAUAUUCUAUAAAUUCUAACGGAACUACGAAUGCUACUAAUUACCAGUAUUCAAAUCUGCCUUUACAACUGAAAGAGCAAGGAAUCAUCGAUAAAGUUACUUAUUCCAUUUACUUAAAUGAUACAAAGUCCAAGUACGGUUCUAUUCUUUUUGGGGCUGUCGAUCACAGCAAGUACACUGGAACAUUGUAUACGCUGCCAUUGGUGAACUCGGAAUAUGAUGUGGUCAAUAAGCCUUACGAGCUCGAUAUUACCUUAAAUGGUAUUGGUUACCAAAGUAUGAGUAGUAAUAUGACUCUUUAUGACCAGAAGGUAGCUGCAUUAAUCGAUUCGGGUACGACCAUAUCCGAAUUUCCAGAUGAGAUUGUUGAAGUGGUAGCAAAACAGAUGAAUGCUACAGUGGAUCCAAAUGGUAAUGGUAUCAGGCUGGCAAAGUGUCCCAGCAAGAAAGACAAUGCAAAAUUGUUGUUCAACCUUGGAGGUGCCUUAAUAUAUGUUGACAUUAAGGAGUUCACAACGAAGGUUAAGGGCAAGUGCUACCUUGAAAUCAUCCCAAGUGGUGCAGAGUCCGAUCUUGUUAUUCUUGGUGACAAUUUUAUGAGGAGCGUGUACACUGUCUUCGAUCUGGAAGCUAACGAGGUAUCUAUUGCUCAAGCAAACUUCAAUUCCUCUUUGCCUGCACAGAUUGAAGAAAUAAAAAGUACUGUCCCAAGUGCUGUAAAAGCACCACAAUACUACAACACCUUUUCAGCUAUAGCAUCAAUUUCCUCUGUCACUGGAGACAUUUUUGGCCCAGAGGCUACAGCAUACAUGGCACCUCCAGCGAAUGUUUCUAACUCAAGCAACUCGUCCAACAGUUCUGCGGUCAGUUUGGAGAGAAGAAGCUAUGAUAAUGCUGCCACACCUUUGAGAUUGAAUUCAAUUAUUUUGAUUGGCGUUGCUGCCAUAUUAGCUACCAUUUUUAUGUAA